AUGGAAGCAGAACAAGUGGAUUGCGUCGUGGUCGGUACCGGCUGGACAGGGCUCAUUUCUGCGAAGACAUAUCUCGACUUUGAGCCUCAGGCAAAUUUGAUCUUGAUCGACAAUGGAGAGUCUAUCGGUGGAUCGUGGAGAAUAGAGAGAAUUUAUCCCAGCUUAUACGCCCAGGUCAAAUACGGUCAAUUUGAGUACUCAUUCUUCCCUAUGCGCCGGGAAGGCAUCAGUGACGAUGGAUACAUCCCAGGAGACACCAUUAACAAAUACCUUGUCGAGUUUGCAGAGAAAUAUGAUCUCUCAAGGAGGUCCCGUCUGUCCACCACCAUUCGCCAAAUCACGCGCCUGCCAGGACGUGGCUGGCGAUUGGAUCUCGGAGAUGAAAAGGCUCCAGUGCAAUGUGCCAAACUGAUCUACUCGUCGGGGCCAACAUCUCAUGCUGUCAUUCCUUCUUGGCCUAUGUCGGAUUUUGACAUACCUAUAAUUCAUUCGACAGAGACAGGGACCCAUCUUGAUGCCCUCGACAAGAUCCAAAGAGCAACAGUGGUUGGUGGAGCGAAGUCAGCUUUCGAUACAGUUUUCCUUCUUCUCAAUGCUGGGAAGAAAGUCGACUGGAUUAUCCGAAAGGACGGAGCUGGCGCUGCGGCGCUGAUGCCGCCAUCGAUCUUCGGCCUAGUCAAUACCAUUGACGUGAUGUCCACUAGAAUAUUCGCCUCCUUUGGGGCUAGUAUUAUGGCUACGAAGGGCCUUUCUUACAAGUUCAUUCAUAGAACAACUCUAGGUCUGGCGUGUCAUAAAGUGUUCUGGAGAAUCACCAACUGGAUUGCCGACAGACAUGCUGGCUACAACAGGUCUUCCAAUGCGGCCAAAUUGAGACCGCUUCCACAUGGCGAAGGGAUCUUCUGGGCAAAUGGAGGCCUCGGCUGUGCCAGCGUUCCUAAUUUUUGGAAGGUGUUUCAUGCUGGAGAUGUGACCGUUCACAGAACCGAGCCGGAGUCAUUUGUAGACAACACCGUCAAACUUCGAAACGGGACCCAGCUAAAGACAGACUACGUGAUACUAUGUACUGGAUUCGACAAGAACUAUGACCCAUUUGACGACGACUUGGAGGUGCAGUGCGGGUUGAAGCUCGACUCAACCGAGAAGGGUAAGUGGGCUCGCCUCGAGACUAGGGCGGCCAAGACUGUUGAUGUGUUGCUGCCCGUACUCCGAGAAUCUGGCGUCCCACUCCGUGAUCUGGAAACCAUGAAAACAGAAACUAUCAAUGGAGAGAAGAAACAACUUUCGUUCGGACCGUCCCGACAUUAUCGACGUAUGGUCGCACCUAAGCUUGCAGCAGAAGGUGACAGAUCCAUUUUCUUCCCAGGAUUGAUGCACAACGUCUACACCCCUCUGGUCGGUGAGGUGCAGGCAUUGUGGGGGGUUGCAUUUAUGCUCGGCCUGCAUGAUGUGCCAUCCCUGCCCGAGAUGGAGGAGGAGGCAGCAGUGUGGAACGCCUGGACCGCCAAGCGAUAUCUCACUCAGGGCCGUAAACACUCAUACGGCAUAUAUGAUUUUAUCUCGUACAUCGACCUCCUGCUGAGCGAUCUGGGUAUCCAGACAAGACGGAAGACUAAUCCAUUUGCGGACAAGUUUCUGCCGUAUUAUCCGAAGCAUUAUCGAGGGAUCAUUGAUGAGUUUCGCCAAGUGCAAUCAUGGAAGCGAGAGGGCAAGUCCGAAGCAGUCGAUUCAGGGGUCGGUGCGGUGAAAAUUGUGCUUGUUGGCCUUCUCGUUGCAUUCUUUGCCACGAUACUAUUUGGCCUCUAUGGUCGCUAA